CUUCAUACAUAAUUCUAAGCCGGUUGCCCCCGCAUGGGCUUACUAUGGUGAAGCACUAGUGUAUUGUAGUUUCUACUGUUUGCAGUGAGCCGCGUCCGCGUCAGUUCGAUAAAGACCACAGUGAUUUACAGAGAAGAAGGCGAUAGAUAGAUUCUGAAUGUAUCGUCAAAUGCGCCAUCAAUCGAACACAAUUUAUCUAGAAGAACGAGUUUAUUAUUAAAGAAAGGUUUGCUCGAUCAACAAAACACCUUACGACAAAGAAAGAUGGAAAAGACGGACGAGAACGAUCACAACGCGUUGCAAGAGGUUUUAAGUGACGAAGAGUUGACACGAAUCCCGGAAGGAUGCGUUAAAAAGUUAAAUACGUUCUUCAACGAGAAAUUUGAACGUUAUAUCACAGCUAAGGCAGUUUUCGAAACCAAUAAAAAGAACUUUGAUCAAACUUUAGAAAAACUACAAAAGAAUUUAACAGAAGAGAAGUCAAAUUUUGAGGAAUGCAAGGAAAAAUUGACAUUGUCAGAGAAGUAUACUUAUGAAUUACAAAACAAUUUGGAUACAUCCAAGAGUGAAAUAUCAAAAUUACAGGACUCUGUUAAAAGAUUAGAGAAAGAAAGUUCAGAGCUGCGCAGACAUAGAGAUACAGUUGUGGAUGAAAGAGAUGCAUUGCAAUUGCAAGUUGAAAGACGUGAUACAGAGCUUGAAAGAAUGCAUACAGAAUUAUCUUCUCUGGGUACACAACUUCAGAAUGCUGUUGCUUCUAAAUGCCAAGCUCUGGCCGAGACAGAAGAGAUUCGGAGUCGUGAAAUGACUCUUGAAUUUAAGGAGAAACGACUAGAGCAAGAAAGAGUUUUGAUUCAACAACAAAUGACAGGACUUGAGGAAGAAUUGACAAAGAGGAUGUCAGAAUUGCAGGCAACUAGAGCUGAAUCAUCUUCACGAGCUCUUAUAACCGAUACUCGUUUGGCACAGCGCGACGAAGAAUUACGUAUCGCCAACGAAGCAGCAUCACAGUUGCGGGAAUCUUAUACAUCUCUGCAAAGACGUUGCGACGAACUCGCUCAGAAACUGGAGGAACAACGUACUCAAGAAAUUUCUAUGCAUGCUUCUUAUAGAGAAGAGAUUAGCGCCCAAACCAGACUAGCAGAUCUUUAUAAAGGCAUGGCCGACGAAGCCAAUGCUAAAGCCGAAGAAUUUAGUAAUGCAGUUAAAGAACUACAAGAAUUAUUAGAGCACGCUACUGAUCAAUAUGGUGGACUUGAGACAACACACAACCAGCUUCAGUUACAGCACAAAGAAGAUUUAGAAGAAAAGGAACAAAAGAUAGAGGAACUUUCAAAAGAAUUAGAACAUGCGAAUGAGUUGCUUAAGAACAUCAAGCAAGAACGAUUGGAUCAAGCUGUUGAGCAACUCGCGCCAACAGCGGCCAUUGCCAGCCGCGUGUUGAGAAAAGGUCUCAGUCUUACUCAAAUAUAUACACAAUUAGUCGAAGUAACGAAUGAACUAACAUCGGAACGCGAAGAGAAUGAACGUUUAAAAUCUCAGAUGGAUGUUAUUCUGCGCGAACUAGAGGAGAAAGCGCCUAUUUUGCAACAACAACGCGAAGAUUAUGAAACUGCUAUGACCAACAUCGCGACACUUACAUCUAGAUUAGACGAACUUCUAGCAGAGAAUCAUAAGCUGCAAGAAUCAUCAGAUGAAGCGAAUCGUAUUGCUAAACAUCAUACUAAGGAAAAUCAGAGGUUAAAGUCAGAAUUAUCGGAUUUGGCUCGUCAGGUGUGCUUCCUCUUGAAAGAAGUACAAGAGAGCAGAAGUGGUAUAACCAUGCAUUCGAGUGAAUUCUCAAAUACUGUGGACAUGGAAAAUCUCGCUUCAUCAGAGAUCAUUAGCAAAAAGCUUGUCACUUUUAAAGACAUCGAAGAAUUGCAAGAAAACAAUCAGAAAUUAUUAUCAAUAGUUCGUACUCUAUCAUCAAGACAGGAAGAAAUUGAAAGAGCAACUGACGAAAUCAAUUCUGGAGAAAUGAAAGAGAAAUUGGACAGAUAUUUAGAACAGUUGGAGGACAUGCAAGCUGCUCAAGACAGACAAACGAAAAUGUUGGAGGGUCUUCUAAGACAAAGAGACAUGUACAAAAAUAUGUAUCAACAAUGUUUGAAACAGACAGGUACAUCGGAGAAGAAGGAGGCUCUCGAAACACCGGGAGAAGAAGUCAAGGAAGAAGGCGAAGAGAAACUAGCCGCCGACGAGUCAUCCAAAGCUACUUCUACUGAUGCUAACGUAGAAAAAGAAUUGAAGAAGCAAUUGACAGAAUGCGAAUCUAAAUUGAAACAGGUUACAGACGAAUUCGACACUUAUAGAAAAGAAAGAACUGCUCACGAAAAAAUGUUGGGUGAAGAAGUCGAGAGGCUUAGAAAGCAAGCUGAAGCAAGUUCGGGUCGCUGUUGUAGAUUGAAAGCACAAUUGGACUCUUCGAAUGAUAGAUUUAAUCUCCUACAAGCGAACGUUUCUUCUUACAAAUCCCAAAUAAAGGUGCUUGAAGAAAAAUGUUCCAAUUACAACGUAACAAUCGGCAAACACGAACAAAGCUUAAUGAUUCUGAAAGAUGAAGCUUUGUCAGCCCAAACACGGCUGUCUCGAGCGGAAGUGCAGCUAGAGAACUUGCGACAGGAGAGACAACUUCUACGAGAUUCGGAAGGUCGUCUGCUUAAGGAACGUGAAAUAUUUCAACGAGAGCGUCAAACGCAGGCUUUGUUGCGAGCAGAUGUCGAGUCUAUCAAAGCUAGUUUAGAGCGUGUCCAAGCUGAGGGUCAUAUGCGUGCAGAACAACGUCUGGAUGAUGCAACCAGGGAGUGUGCAGCAUUGCGACGACGGUUACAGGAAGAACAGGACAGAUUCAGAGAAUUGUCCAGCCAUUUGGAGAGACAGCUUACUACGGCGCAAGAAAGAUUAACCGAGGAACGAAAUAUAACACAGCAAAUCAAAACAGAGUUGGAGCAAGCCCGCCAAUCUGAUACUCAGAAUACACAGCGCAUCGAGGAGCUUAACACUAAACUUAGACAAGCUGUUACCCAUGCUAUAUCAAAGCCUUUCACUGGUGACGAAAAUCUCGUGAAGAGAUUAAAAGAAGUUGAGAUGCAACUUGCGACAACGCAGGCGGAGGCGAAGUCAUUGUCGGAACAGUUAAAAGCUGCACGGCAGCAAAGCCAACAGUAUUGUGACAUAGCCGAGAGUUCAGAGGCGCAGUUAAGAGAGCUAACCGCGCAACACAAUAAAUCUAAAGAAGAAUUAGAAAAGGCUUUGAAGGAUGCACGCGUAGAAAUAAUGGGUCUUCACAAGAGGGUGCAGGAACUAGUGGAAGAAUUAGCGAGAGUUUCUAGCGGUAGACAAGAAACCGAUUCAGAACUAAGAGAAAAAUUAGCUGAUGCAGAAAGGAAACUUGAGGAAUUAGAUGAAGUUAAAGGAGAAUUAGAGAUCGUUAAAAGUGAUUUACAAUCUGCUUCGGCAACUGCGAAAGAAGCUGAAGAAAAAUACGCUAGAGAAAUGGUUCUGCAUUCGUCAGAUCUGCAGGCAUUAGCUAAGAUUAAAGAAGAAGCUCGGUUAGUGGACCAGAAGAUCACAACCCUCACCCAAGAAAGAAACAGUGCCGUAGAAGCUUUGGAACUGGAGAGAUCGGCUUGUCAAGAAAGAGAAAAGAAAUUACACGCCGAAAUGCACGAAAUGCAGCAACGGAUAAAUGACUUGGAUGCACAAAAUGUUAUUUUACACAAUCAAAUUCAAGAGUUGAGCGACAAAACAGCGAUCAUGCAUAGUCAGCAAACUAAGAUCAGCGAUCGAGAAAGUCCUGACACCAGUUUCGAAACGAUGAACCGCAGCUUUAGUGGAUUAGAAGACGAUUCUAAAUCUGCAGAGCAAUUGUUGAGAGUAAUGAAGUACCUGAGGCGCGAGAAAGAUCUGGCUGUAACGAAGUUCGACGUUCUUAGGGCGGAGAAUCUGAGAAUAAAAUCUCAAGCGGAGGUACUAGAAAAGAGAUUGAAAGAAACGGAAGCGGUUCUUAAUUCGGAAAGGGAGAAAUCCGAGAUCGAUGUAGUAACCACGUCAAAACAUGCAGAGCUAUUACGAAAAGUUGAAACCUUGAAUGCGAUCACGGAUUCAAACAGAAUUUUGAGAGAGGAAAGGGAUAACUUGAGCGGAAAGAUGAUAGAACUUACUGCAAAGGUUGCGGCGCUCUCUGAGGAAGUAGGUCCUCUUCGAGAUUCGACAAGAGAUUUGCAAGUGAAGACUGAAGCGUUGACGCAAGAGAACUCGAGCCUCAAAGCGGAAGCAACUAGAUGGAGACAGAGAGCCAACGCAUUGGUGGAGAGAGCUAACAAGACAAGUCCAGAAGAUUGGCGCAGAUUGCAAACCGAACGUGAGAAUCUUAGCAAAUUGCUUACAUCGGAGCGAGAAACACAUGCCAAACGUGCUGAAGAGAUAGUUCAGCUGAAGACCGAGAAGACCAAGCUCGAAGAACAAUUGCUUCAUCUCCAGAGACAAGUACAAGCACAGAGCGAAGAAAUUCAAAAAACCUCUGAGGAAGCCCGCAAGCUGGGCCAGGACUUGAGCGAAGCCCUCGCUGACUCUUCCUCCAAAACUAAAGAUCUGGCGACAUUGAAGAAGGAGCUUGGAGAUAAAGAAGCGGUUCUUAAUGACAUCAAGAACAAAGAGAUACAGAUUCGAAAGAUAGCAAAGAAAUACAAGACCCAGUACGAGGAUCUCGCGAAAACGGUGGAGGAAGAGAAGACUAGAACCGAAGAGUCCCGAAUGGCGGCUGGUACUUCUGGUACCGAAGACACCUCGCAGGUAUCUCAAGAACGCGAGGACCAAUUGAGAGAAGAGGGUCGAGCAGAAUUACGCCAAGCGAAUAUAGAGUUGACUACAAAAAUCGACGAGUUGUCCCGGCAAAUGGAGUCUGUGCAAAGUGAAGCCGAUUUGCUCAAAAAGGAAAUAGAUACGAUGAAUAAAACCAGCGUGGAGAAGGAAGAGCGUGCCAAGCAAGUACUGAAAGGUGCUAGAACGAAGAUCAUGCAGCUGACAGAAUCGAAGAAGAUCUGUGAGAAGGAAUUGCUUGAUUUGAAGGCAAAACUGGAGACAGGUGCUACGGAAUCGGACACUACUGAACACGAUGCUCGGCUGGUAGCUCUUAAAUCUCAGAUGGAGGGCAGAAUCUCUCGUCUAGAGCACGAGAAAGCAGACAUUCAGGCAGAAAAGGAAACUUUGGUGCAAAGGGUCAACCAGUUGCAACGGCAGUUGGCUGGAGUCAGUGGUGUUAGUGCUACCACUGAACCUCCUACAGCUAACAUUAAACCGAUGUCCGCUCGAGCUGAGACUCCGUUAGCAAGUAUCCGUCCUAUGAGUGUUGUUGUUCAAUCUAGAACUGCCGCGGUUCUACCCACCACUGCUAGCGCACCAGUAAUGGUAGCGCCUCAUCAGCAGCAACAGUCGCAGCAGCAGGUAGUGCACACCACUGAAACUAGCUCUCCAACUAGUAGUCUUCCGGAUUUCCAACCAGCUAGCACUAGCAGCUCGUCGCAGACGACUCCCAGCACUUUGCGUCAACUGGUUGUACAGCCUCAGUUGAGCGAGUCGGCAGAGUCGACGCAAAGAGAGGAUCCAGAGAGUGCUGAGACCCUCAAUGUCCAGCAACAGCAAUGUCAACAGCAGCAGCAGCAACAACAACAGCAGCAGACUGUAGCGUUGGUCAGUCCAAGAGUCGAGCAACAACAGCAGCAACAACAACCUGCUGCUAGCGAUCAACAGCAGACUGUAGCUAGCAGUUCCACGCAGUCGGUGAGCACGUCUCAAGCUUCCACAGGUCACAAGCGUCCUAGAACACUGGAUUCAACAGCGUCAGGAUCUGGAAUCGAGGCUAUCGAUCACAGUAGACAGGAUCAGGCGUUGAGUCCCAAAACCAAACGUAGCAGACAAGAAAUAGCGUCCACUGCCAGUGCUAGCGCUUCAGAAGUCGAGUACCAGGUGCCAACGUCGAGCCAACGGGAUCAAGAUGAAGAAGUCGAGGAGGGCUGUGUAGUUGUAGUGGACUGUGACGAAGGCGAAGGUGGUGGCAACCAUCAAGCGCAAGAAGAGGAAGAAUUUGACAAUGACCCGUACGAGAUGGAAGAAGAAGAGGAGAUGCCUUACGAGGUUGAGGGCGAAGUGGAAAGGGACAAUAACGAAGUUGAGAUUAUCAUGGGUGAAGAUUCCACGAGUGUAGAAGUCCCCAGACAGGCGCAAGUCACGGUACCCACAAACCAGCAACAACAACAAUCAGAAGCAAUAAGCAGCGCUGGACCAACCGGGGAACCACCGACAUCAUUUGCAACGAGAUCAUCGCGUGGUAUCGCACCAAUGCCUAGGCAGCAACAACAACAACAUCUGCUUCUGCCACAACAGGGAUACGAAGAUGGUGGCGACGACAGUAUAGUACCGAGUACUCCAACUCUGUUUGUUCCACGUCGUGGAGAUGGAUUCGGAGAAGCUGUUAGUUCGCCACAAGUUCCUCAGGGACGUUUCACCUUCGGUGACUCAUCCGCGCCUACGACUGCAUCGUCUACUCCAUCCAUGUCGACCUCCUCUGGUUCAGCAGCUCGAACGAUAUUCGGUUCAUCGAGUUCUAGCGUGGCACAAGUGGUCCAGGAGGGCAUGGAUGACAGUAGAAUGGAUCUGGUACAAUUAGAUGACGGUGGUACUGGUCGUAGCGUACCUACAACGCCCUUGCAAGUUUCGCCGGCAGCUGAUUUACCACCUUCGACAAGCAGUGGACCAUCCGAAGAGCCGGAAACAAUGGUCUCGGUGACCCCUGCGUCAGUAACAGGUACCACUGUUGGUGAUACUAGCGAAGAACCUGCGAUACCUAGUAUACGUGUAGUCGGUGUCGAUGAUCAGCAACAUAGUCAAACUGAAAUAAUCACAGAAUCUAUGACACCGACUGAAGGCAUGAGCUCGGACAGUGAGAAGCGUACGGAGGAAGCUGGUCCACUCAUGUCUGGGGAGGAUGAUGCGGUGGACACUGGCGAAGGCACCGAGGAACCCGGUAGCGACAUAGUGGAGGACGAAGUUGAGGAAGAGAGUUGCGAGGCGGAGGCAAGUCCAUCUAGCAACACACGGCAGAGGGUGAUGCGACAAGCUGCGGUCGCAGCUGCUGCUGCCAGAACAGCUACUGCCAGAAGAUCAUCUCGGUCGCCAUUCAGAGCAGCACGGGGUAGUCGGCCUACGCCUAUCGUUUGGGAAAGUCAGUCUGGCAGGGGACAACCUGUGGUACGUGGAGGACACGCGGCGAGAGGGCCUAACAACGAGACCGGAAGAGGACGUGGAACGAGAGGACGCCGGAUGCGCUCCAAAUAUCCGUCGUACGCGCGAUUCUAAGGACUAAGAGUGAUGAUUCUUUGUAUACGAGAUCACGUGAGAAAAAAAGAAAAAGAAAGAUCACCGUUUCCGCGUUCGAACGGUGUAACGGGCUGACUGGUGGGCUGUUAAUAUAACAACAUUUCAAAUGAGAAUAUUUUUAUUUAGCAUUAAUUAACGAUAAUUAUGUUGUACAGAUAGAUCGAUCGACACGAACCCGUAAAAAAAGAACUUUAUACUAUGGAAAUUAGCAGCGGCGGGUACGCCAUUUUCUCUUACACUAUAUCUCGAUAAUUGAAAGAGACAUUCCUUUCAUCGGCUUCUCUUUUGUUUCCUUCGCUGAUGAGAAUACUUGUAAACACACAUACACAUAUAUACACGCAUACACACACCCACAACUCAUUGAGAACUACAUAGCAUUUAAGUUAUCCUAUUUAUUUACUUGUAGAAAGUAAUUUUUUUUUAUUGAGCCUGUCGUUUGACUAAAUAUCGUCGGUACAGAUGCACACGAAACUGAACGCGGUUUCGUCGCGAGACUAAACCCGACCCGGCUAGUUUUAGUCGGUUCCUUAAUCGAUACAAUAAAAAAAACGAUUUCUCAGGAUGCGUCAGGAGUGUAUUAGUUGUCUUCUAAAGCACAUUUUAUUUCAGUGUUUUACAGUGUUUAUCCAGUUUUUAAGUGAUUAUGCUUAAGUAUGACUUCCACGUGUCAGUGAUAAAUAUUAAUAAAUACUAUACAAAAUAAA